GUUGGCAACACUGCCACACUGUCAAAUUCCAGUAAUUAUUCUCCUCUGCCGCUGUUGUUGAAUUGCAAAAUCCUGCGCCCGCUUCAGCCACAUAAGCCCAGCAUAUAUUUGCCCGAUCCGAGAGCAGGCGGAGAUCCGUGAAAAGCCGUGCGUAUUUACCGCCAUCUGAGCAGUGCGAAAACGUGUCCGGAAAAGCCAAAGGCCAGCGGCAGCGAGUGCGAGUGCGAGCGAGAAGGCAGGUGACAGCGACACCGACAAGAUUUCCCCGUCCCCCUCCGCCACCGAACCCCCCUUGACUGUUUCUUUUUUGCACGGCACGGGGAAAACCGAAAGGAAAACGAGAUUUUCAAUAGUUUCUUGCGACGCAGUCCGGCCGGAAAAUGCUAAUAAACCUUAAGGUGAAGACCUUAGAUGCGCGCACCCACGAAUUCAGCAUCGACAAUGAGCUCACGAUCCGCCAGUUCAAGGACCAAAUAGCCGAGAAGACCAACAUUGCGGCGGAGAACCAGCGGAUCAUCUACCAGGGUCGCGUUCUGGCCGAUGACAAGCAGGUGAAGGAGUACGAUGUCGAUGGCAAGGUGCUCCAUGUGGCCGAGCGUCCGCCCUUCUCGCAGCGCGGUGCCAACUCGCGAAACAAUGACGAACCCAUGCGCCCCUUCCGCAAUGUGGCACGACCUCCGCCGCCCGGAAUGCGCACUUCUCCGUACUUCCGCGCCCUCGAUGGCAUGCUCGUGGGCACCAUGGCCAUACCCGUGAACAAUGGUCCAGUUGCAGGGACUCGCCCCACACCAAAUCGCUAUCCCAACUCCUCGUCCUUCUGCAUCAACCGCAUCACCGUGGCCCUGCACAUGAUCGAUUGCGCCGACAACAUAGCCGCCUAUCUGGAGAAUCCCGCCGUGGGUCUAAACAAUCAAUCCCUGGACAUCCUGCAGCGUGGCCGCUGGUCCAUGGAGUCCACCGUCGUGGAAGUGGGUGUCUCCUCGACGGAUCUGCCGCGCAACAACAACAUCAUCGACAUGGUCCAAGACGCCGUGACUGCCGCCCUUUCGCGAACUGGAGCCCGCAACUAUACGGUGGUGCAGCUGCCCACUGUGUACACCAAUGAGAACGGAGAGACCAGUCAGCAGAGGACUGGAGAGGCUGGCGCCACCGAAGGAGCAGCCACCGGAGCUGCUAGUGAUGCCAGCGGGGAGACCACUGCGGCCACUGUAAUCAUUGAGGAUGUGAUCGAAACAGACGACGAGGCUGCCGAUGGAGCCUCGGAUCGUUCGGCAACGCCAACUCCAGAGGCAGAGGCGGAAGGAGCAGUUGGUGGCCAGCCGGCGACUGCUGCAGAGACUCCCAGCACCUCCAAUGGGGCGGCAAACGACGCUGCAGCUGGCGGCGAGGGAGGAAACAACUCGGGACCCAGGCGUCGCACUCGUCCGCAGGUGUUGGCCCAAGUCAUACAGCACUAUCGUGGCGUACAGACGCGUCUGGCGCCCUUCGUGGAUCGCUACUACGAGAUCCUUCAGAACGAUCCAACUUUCGAGGAGAGUGACACCGCUGGACGCGAGGAUGCACAGCGCAUCUUUGACCGCGUUUCUGAGGCUUUCCACUACCUCUCACACGCCCAGCAUGCCAUUUCCGAUUUGAUGCUGGACUUGUCGCAACCAGGACCUCGUGUGCUCACCUGUCGACCCAUUCUGGUCGAGCAGAGCGGCUACAUACGCUCUAAUAACAUUUUCACGCCCUUCUUGGGUCCGCCACCGGGUCUGAUGAACGAGCCUUUCCGUUCCGGAAGAGCACCCGGUACUGCUGCUGCAGCUGGCACUCAAACGCCUCCCUCGGCAGGCACUCCAACCGCUGUGGCUCCGCCGCAGGCCACCAACUUGCAGGCGGCCACCGAUGCCAGUCGCAGUGCGGCGGCCAUGGCGGAGAUUGCCAGUCGGGCUGCUGGAGCCGCUGCAGAGAUGGCUGCCGGAGCUGCAAAUGCAGCUGCCGCAGCUGCUCGUGGUUUGUCCAGCGACCACGUAGAGGAUCCCGUCGACGAACCCAUGGUGGCGCCCAAUGCAGCUGGCGCCACACCACAAGCUCAGCAGCAACCUCGUCUCGAAAUGGAUCACGAUCACGAUCAAGAUCAAAAUGAAACUCCAGAAAGAGAGGUGCGAGCAGCGCCUAGGCUGCGUGUCUAUGUGCCAGUGACCCUGCCACCGCCCAAUCCCCAACUGGAGAUGGCUCGCAUUAUUCAGGCAAUGGUCAACGGUCAACGGCCAAACGAUGUUCAUGUGGAAUUCAAUGCGCCCAACGUCAUGUCGAUUAACUUGCCCGUGCACGUGAUGACCGGAGUGCGUCAGGCACCCGCACCAGGAGCUACAGAAACUACGUCACCUUCUGCUCCAACUGAAGAAUCUUCGCCUGAUGGUGCUACUGCAGCUGGCAAUGGAGACUCUCCGAACGCUGCUUCAACUUCGAAUGCAACGCGCACUGCAGAUCCGAGAGCCAACACCUUGCCCACCACGGCCACCCAAACGCGUUCGACUUCAAGACCACAGAUUCAGAUUGGCGGAAAUAACAACUGGGGCGGACGUAUUGCUCCCACGCAUGCGGCAUUCGACCGCUUCCUGCCUUGCAAUAGUCAUCACAUUCGAGAACCAGAGCCGCUGCCCCACAGCACCAAUGCCCAAGGUGCAAGUACCAACCGCGGCACUAGCACAGCAUCAGCAGUAGGAGCCGCCGUCGUCUCGCCCACAGCUGCCGUGGGAACUCGUCCUGUCACCUCUGGUCGCAUCCAGCGCGGCAGUGCCAACGUCCGGCCAAUGUGGUCGUCGCGUCGUCAGCGACCCGCCAGCGAGCAACUGAGCAGCCUCCGUCCGGCAGCCUGGGCGCAGGCGCAGACCCAAACCCCCAAUAUCCAAGCGGCCCACGUUGGUGGUGGCAGCACCAAUGGGGCCGGAGUCGGAGCCGGUGCCGGGAGAGUACGGCCCACGGGAGGAUCGCCCAUCAGUCGCGACCGGCUGGCGGCUCGAACGGCCCUCGUUGGUGGUGGCAGCACCAACGGAGGCUUGACCUCCGUCCGGCGGGGGCGUCUCCAGACCGCCACCGGGCGCCUGUCAAGACAAUUCCCCACCCUACUCGCUAAUUUUUUGCUUAAUCUGAGAAAUAAUGCGCCAACAGCUUCGGCAGGCAAUGCUGUCGCCGCCGCCGUCGUGGGAAGUUUAGCCACCCCAUCAUCGGGAGAAGCUGCCACGGUUGCUUCCAACACCACUGCUGCGCCACCACAAGCGGUUCUAUCUACAUCCACACCCACGCCAGUCGGGGACUCGAGCAACCUGCGUGCCCAGCUGCGCAGCUUCCUCAACGACAGUCUCUUUGUCGGAGUGCCCAUCAACGAACAGACAAUACCAGGAGCCAUUGGACGCGCCCUGGAGUGGUUCGGCGAGAGUCUGGUCUACCUGCCGCAGUACGAGCGUCCGGAGUACAACUCCCGCGACUCGGUGUGCAACAUCCUGCGCGUCAGCCUUCGUUUGAUCAUCGAGCUGUGCAGUGCGGCUCCCGGCGGAGCGGAUAGUGGCCAGUUCGAACAGAGUCUGAAGCAGAUCUGCGAUCAGUUCCGCAAGCGGCUCUACAGCGUCCUCUUCCUGUGUCUCGGAAGCUCCAAUGCGGAGCUGUACUGGCGCCAGCUGAUGCGCCUGCUCUGCGCCCCCAUGCGAUCCAAUUUCCGCAAUGAAGCCCUGCAGUUCUUGUGCAUCUACAUAGACCCCACAAUUCCCGCCCAGACGGACACCGUGGAUGCCCAACAGUUCCUGGUCCUUCGCAGCGUUCAGGCAGCCCCUCCCACAGCUGUCGAAGAACCUUUUGUGGCGCCACCACCUCUUGCCUUCAACCCACAGCAGCAGCAGCCGCAACAGCAGACUCUGGACACGGAUGUGGAGAUGGCUGAAGUCGCCACCAGCAGCAGCAGCACGCCGACAGAGACCCAACUGCCCGCCGUAAUAGUGGGCUCGGAACCCUGGCACAUGAGUUUCCCCAACGACUGGUUGCCUGUGAUAACGCGCGACUUGCAGACCCAGACUGAGCAGAAUGACCGCCCCCAGCCGCCCUUCUCCGAUGCCUACAUCUCCGGCAUGUCCGCCAAGAGGCGCAAAAUUAUUCAGUCAGAAAAACCGACGGCCAACGUGGAGUGUCUCAUUGCCAACGGAGUGCAGAGGGCCAUCCAGAGCGCCGGCUUGGGAGGAACCAGCGGCAGUGCUUCGAGUUCCUCGAUCAGUGUGGAUGCCGUUAUCGGUUCCAUUGCCCACGAUUCCGCCAUCCAGGCUUCCUACACCGAUGCGGUGCGGAAUGGUGUUAGGGAGCGCAUCAAGCAGGAUGCGGAUUUCAAGCCCAGCAAGUAUCCGCAGAUCGCCAAGUUCGUCGAGCAAAAGUAGGCGGCGGUCGAGGCGAUGGAAACCUGGCCACCUUGUGCUUGUUGUACAUUUUACUUUAAUGAAUUGUAUUUAAUUUAGUUAAUGGCUAAGUUCUGUUUAAAUCGAGAAGACGACGAAGAUUGCGACAACACCAACACACGGAGAGGACCUUUAGCAAAUGCUUCAACCUACAUAGAAUAAUAAUAUCCAAUUGAUAUGUAUCACCACACUAUGGGACACGACACAAGGCCCAAGCAAAAACGCUUUUUCGGCUGCGAUAAAGGAGCAAAAAUAAACACACUUAUUAACUGAAAAUAUGGCGAUUGGAAUUCGAAUUGGAAUUGGAUUGAAUGGACUUGGAUGUGGGGCCCACACAGCGAGUGGAAUGCUUUCAAUUGUCCCAAAUGGAGGUGGCGUCCCCGGGUCGCGUGAUUCGUUGGAAAAGCAGAACAGAGCCGUGACGACAGCCGAAUUCCAGGCGAAUAUUUUGGACGGCGCCAAACCGGCAUUGACGUGGGCCGGAUGGCACAUGAUUGCCGGAUGACCGAUGACGAUCGAUCCGGAAUGUGCAGAUCAUCUCAAGUGGAUAAGUCUUCAGCAGAAGCAUUACAGGAGGCAUAUCCAUCACAUCCCACCCGACCAGCCCCACAUCCAGCAUCCCACACCAUCCAAUUUUAUCGUCAUCGAAUUCCGAAGCCUACGCUACCUUGUUAUUGUUGUCGUGUGCAAUCGAAACACGAAAAUGUGUCACAUAAAAAUGUUAAGAGUAUUUAUGUGCAAAAAAUGAAUACCGAGAAACAGCAGAGAAGUGAAAACAUAUGAAUAAAUAAUAAUAAUUAAUA